CAAGAACAGUCCAAAUCCCCCCACCUAAAACAAUUAUAUAAUGUCCCCUAGUUUACUUCACAAAACAGAGACCACCAUGGAUGAAGUGAAGCUCUUUGGGUUUUGGGCAAGUCCUUUUAGUAGAAGGGUCAUUUGGGCAUUAAAGCUAAAAGGUGUGGAAUAUGAAUACAUUGAAGAAGAUCUGCCUUAUAAUAAGAGUGAUCUGUUGUUGCAGUACAACCCAGUUCAUAAAAAGAUCCCAGUGCUCGUUCAUGGAGGAAAGCCAAUUGCAGAGUCAUUGGUUAUUUUGGAAUAUAUAGAUGAAGUGUGGCCACAUAAUCCUUUGUUGCCAAAAGAUGCUUACGAGAGAUCAGUAGCUAGAUUUUGGGCCAAAUUCAUUGAGGAAAAGACUCAACCAAUGUGGGAUUUCUUUCGUAAAUUCGGCGAAGAACAGCAGAAGGCAAUCGAGAACAACUAUGAAAUUCUGAGGACGAUUGAGGAACAUGGUCUUGGAGACAAAAAGUUCUUUGGUGGCGACCAAAUUGGCAUAGCUGAUCUUGUUUUUGGAAUGGUUAUUCAUAUGUUGGCGCCUAUGGAAGAGGUGGUGGGAUAUAAGUUUAUUAAAGCCGAUAGCUUCCCACGCCUGCAUGCUUGGGUCAAGCAUUUCAGCGAACACCCCGUGAUCAAAGACAAUGUCCCUGAUUACACUAAAGUUGUUGAUUUCUUGAAGAUAAGAAGAGAAUUUUAUAGGAAUUCUCAACAGAAUAGCUAGAAAAAAGAAAGAAAGAAGGUACUUUUGAUCGUUUAAGAACUAAAAAUUGGGAAAUAAUGCAAAAGGAUUGAGUGUUCUUUUUCUUGUAGCAUUUUUACUUCUUCUUUUUAUGCAUUGUAUGUUUGUAACAACAAUUUUUUUUGCCAAUAAUUAAUGUUUUGUUUGGUGUAUAAAA